GCUUGGGCGCCGAGUCGGCGCGCUGACGUGCGACGCUCCAGGUACUUUCCCCACGGCCCGCUGGGCUCGGCGUGGGGGCAGGGCGGGGCGCAGAGCGCGCAUGCGCCGCAGCACCAGCGCGCUCCCCGGAUCGUGCGGGGCCUGAGCCUCUCCGCCGGCGCAGGCUCCGCUCGCUCCAGCUCGCUCCCGUCGCCAUGCCCACCACCAUCGAGCGGGAGUUCGAGGAGCUGGACGCUCAGUGUCGCUGGCAGCCGCUGUACUUGGAAAUUCGAAAUGAGUCCCAUGACUAUCCUCAUAGAGUGGCCAAGUUUCCAGAAAACAGAAAUCGAAACAGAUACAGAGACGUAAGCCCAUAUGAUCACAGUCGUGUUAAACUGCAAAAUACCGAAAAUGAUUAUAUUAAUGCCAGCUUAGUUGACAUAGAAGUGGCACAAAGGAGUUACGUCUUAACACAGGGUCCACUUCCUAACACGUGCUGCCACUUCUGGCUCAUGGUUUGGCAGCAAAAGACCAAAGCAGUUGUCAUGCUGAACCGCAUUGUGGAGAAAGAAUCGGUUAAAUGUGCACAGUACUGGCCAACAGAUGACCGAGAGAUGCUGUUUAAAGAAACAGGAUUCAGUGUGAAGCUCUUGUCAGAAGAUGUGAAGUCAUAUUAUACAGUACAUCUACUACAAUUAGAAAAUAUCAAUAGUGGUGAAACCAGAACAAUAUCUCACUUUCAUUAUACUACCUGGCCAGAUUUCGGAGUCCCUGAAUCACCAGCUUCAUUUCUCAAUUUCUUGUUUAAAGUGAGAGAAUCUGGCUCCUUGAACCCUGACCAUGGGCCUGCGGUGAUCCACUGUAGUGCAGGCAUUGGGCGCUCUGGCACCUUCUCUCUGGUAGAUACCUGUCUUGUUCUGAUGGAAAAAGGAGAAGAUAUUAACAUUAAGCAAGUGUUAUUGAGUAUGAGAAAAUAUCGAAUGGGACUUAUACAGACACCAGAUCAACUUAGAUUCUCAUAUAUGGCUAUAAUAGAAGGAGCAAAGUAUAUAAAGGGAGAUUCUAAUAUACAGAAACAGUGGAAAGAACUAUCUAAGGAAGAUUUAUCUCCUGCUUUUGAUCAUUUACCAAACAAAAUAAUGACUGAAAAAUACAACGGAAACAGAAUAGGUCUAGAAGAAGAAAAACUGACAGGUGACCGAUGUACAGGACUUUCCUCUAAAAUGCAAGAUACUAUGGAAGACAACAGUGAGAGUGUUCUACGGAAACGUAUUCGAGAGGACAGAAAAGCUACCACGGCUCAGAAGGUGCAGCAGAUGAAACAGAGGCUAAAUGAGACUGAACGAAAAAGAAAAAGGCCAAGAUUGACAGACACCUAAAUAUUCAUGACUUGAGAAUAUUCUGCAGCUAUAAAUUUUGAACCAUUGAUGUGCAAAGCAAGACCUGAAGCCCACUCCGGAAACUGAAGUGAGGCUUGCUAACCCUGUAGAUUGCCUCACAGUUGUGUGUUUACAAAGUAAACUUUACAUCCAGGGGAUGAAGAGCACCCACCAGCAGAAGACUUUGCAGAACCUUUAAUUUGAUGUAUUGUUACGUGUUUUUUAAUACAUGUAUGAAAUGUAGAAAGAUGUAUAAGAAAUAAAUUAGGAGAGAUUACUUUGUAUUGUACUGCCAUUCCUACUGUAUUUUUAUACUUUUUGGCAGCAUUAAAUAUUUUUAUUAAAUAG